CGGGCGGAGCUCGGCGGGAGGCGGACGAGAUGCGAGCGCAGCCGGGGCCCCGGCCGCUCUGGGCAACUGUGCUGGCGCUGGGGGCGCUGGCGGGCGUUGGCGUCGGAGGGCCCAACAUCUGUACCACACGAGGUGUGAGCUCCUGCCAGCAGUGCCUGGCUGUGAGCCCCAUGUGUGCCUGGUGCUCUGAUGAGGCCCUGCCUCUGGGCUCACCUCGCUGUGACCUGAAGGAGAAUCUGCUGAAGGAUAACUGUGCCCCGGAAUCCAUCGAGUUCCCAGUCAGUGAGGCCCGAGUACUAGAGGACAGGCCCCUCAGCGACAAAGGCUCUGGAGACAGCUCCCAGGUCACUCAAGUCAGUCCCCAGAGGAUUGCACUCCGGCUCCGGCCAGAUGAUUCGAAGAAUUUCUCCAUCCAAGUGCGGCAGGUGGAGGAUUACCCUGUGGACAUCUACUACUUGAUGGACCUGUCUUACUCCAUGAAGGACGAUCUGUGGAGCAUCCAGAACCUGGGUACCAAGCUGGCCACCCAGAUGCGAAAGCUCACCAGUAACCUGCGGAUUGGCUUCGGGGCAUUUGUGGACAAGCCUGUGUCACCAUACAUGUAUAUCUCCCCACCAGAGGCCCUCGAAAACCCCUGCUAUGAUAUGAAGACCACCUGCUUGCCCAUGUUUGGCUACAAACACGUGCUGUCGCUAACUGACCAGGUGACCCGCUUCAAUGAGGAAGUGAAGAAGCAGAGUGUGUCACGGAACCGAGAUGCCCCAGAGGGUGGCUUUGAUGCCAUCAUGCAGGCUACAGUCUGUGAUGAAAAGAUUGGCUGGAGGAAUGAUGCAUCGCACUUGCUGGUGUUUACCACUGAUGCCAAGACUCAUAUAGCACUGGACGGAAGGCUGGCAGGCAUUGUCCAGCCCAAUGAUGGGCAGUGUCAUGUUGGUAGUGACAAUCAUUACUCUGCCUCCACUACCAUGGAUUAUCCCUCUUUGGGGCUGAUGACUGAGAAGCUCUCCCAGAAAAACAUCAAUUUGAUCUUUGCAGUGACUGAAAAUGUAGUCAAUCUCUAUCAGAACUAUAGUGAGCUCAUCCCAGGGACCACAGUCGGGGUUCUGUCCAUGGAUUCCAGCAAUGUCCUCCAGCUCAUUGUUGAUGCUUAUGGGAAAAUCCGCUCUAAAGUCGAGCUGGAAGUGCGUGACCUCCCUGAAGAAUUGUCUCUAUCCUUCAACGCCACCUGCCUCAACAAUGAGGUCAUCCCUGGCCUCAAAUCUUGUAUGGGACUCAAGAUUGGAGACACGGUGAGCUUCAGCAUUGAGGCCAAGGUGCGAGGCUGCCCCCAGGAGAAGGAGAAGUCCUUUACCAUCAAGCCCGUGGGCUUCAAGGACAGCCUGAUCGUCCAGGUCACCUUUGAUUGCGACUGUGCCUGCCAGGCCCAAGCUGAACCUAAUAGCCGUCACUGCAACAAUGGCAAUGGGACCUUUGAGUGUGGGGUGUGCCGUUGUGGGCCUGGCUGGCUGGGAUCCCAGUGUGAGUGCUCAGAGGAGGACUAUCGCCCUUCCCAGCAGGACGAGUGCAGCCCCCGGGAGGGUCAGCCCGUCUGCAGCCAGCGGGGCGAGUGUCUCUGUGGUCAAUGUGUCUGCCACAGCAGUGACUUUGGCAAGAUCACGGGCAAGUACUGCGAGUGUGAUGACUUCUCCUGUGUCCGCUACAAGGGGGAGAUGUGCUCAGGCCAUGGCCAGUGCAGCUGUGGGGACUGCCUGUGUGACUCCGACUGGACCGGCUACUACUGCAACUGCACCACACGUACUGACACCUGCAUGUCCAGCAAUGGGCUGCUGUGCAGCGGCCGCGGCAAGUGUGAAUGUGGCAGCUGUGUCUGUAUCCAGCCGGGCUCCUAUGGGGACACCUGUGAGAAGUGCCCUACCUGCCCAGAUGCCUGCACCUUUAAGAAAGAAUGCGUAGAGUGUAAGAAGUUUGACCGGGGAGCCCUACAUGAUGAAAAUACCUGCAACCGUUACUGCCGCGAUGAGAUUGAGUCAGUGAAAGAGCUUAAGGACACUGGCAAGGAUGCAGUGAAUUGUACCUAUAAGAAUGAGGAUGACUGUGUCGUCAGAUUCCAGUACUAUGAAGACUCUAGUGGAAAGUCCAUCCUGUAUGUGGUAGAAGAGCCAGAGUGUCCCAAGGGCCCUGACAUCCUGGUGGUCCUGCUGUCAGUGAUGGGGGCCAUUCUGCUCAUCGGCCUUGCCACUCUGCUCAUCUGGAAGCUCCUCAUCACCAUCCACGACCGAAAAGAGUUUGCUAAAUUUGAGGAAGAACGCGCCAGAGCAAAAUGGGACACAGUAAGAGAUUGGGCUGGGCUUUUUCUAAAAAGUCAUUGGUCUGAGGCCCUUAUGUGGAAGCAACAGAUGCUUUGGGUGGUCAGGUUCAGCCAGCACCAUUGUCUUUCUGUUAUCCUCUGUUUUGGAAAUGAGGAGAGAUGGUCUUACUGUCCCUUUGUCCUUCAGCUUCCUUCAGCCUCUUAGAAAUAGUGGCAGGAUGUCAUUCCACCUCAUUCUAUUCUUUCUCCUCAAUAAUAUGGUUACUUCCAGGCUGGGCCUGGUGGCUUGUGCCUGGUGGCUUGUGCCUGUAAUCCCAGCACUUUGGGAGGCCAUAGUGGGCAGAUCACUUGAGCUCAGGAGUUCGAGACCAGCCUGGGCAACAUGGUGAAACCCCGUCUCUAUUAAUAAUAUAAAAAUUAGCUGGAUGUGGUGGUGCACACCUGUAAUCCCAGCUAUUCGGGAGGCUGAAGCAGGAGAAUUGCUUGAACCAUUAGGUGGUCGUAGUGAGCAGAGAUCGCACCCUUCUCUGGGUGACAGAGCAGGACUCUGUCUCAAAAAAAAUAAAUAAAAUAAAAUAAAAUAAAAGGUUACUUCC